AUGGUUUAUAGGUCAAAGAUGCGGCCCCCACUGGGUGGCCUCAUCUCCAUUGUUUCCCCUCACACGAGAAGACGUCACGUUUCCGUUUCUCAGCGCGUUUUGGAAGAGGUAAUUGCUUGGGAAGAAGGUAGCGUGGUCGAAACGGCGAACACUGAAGUGCACGUUGGUGGGAAAUUGCCCAACUAUCAGAAUAGAUUCUAUGCAGAUUUUGGUUGGGCUGGCCCACAGUCUACAGACACACACAUAAACUGCCCUAAUGUUGCCUUUGUUUAA